AUGUUCUUCCACAUAGUUUUGGAGCGAAACAUGCAGUUGCAUCCAAGAUUCUUUGGUCGAAACCUUCGUGAGAAUCUCGUCUCUAAGCUCAUGAAGGAUGUCGAGGGCACUUGCAGUGGCCGUCAUGGGUUUGUAGUGGCGAUAACCGGAAUAGAAAGCAUAGGGUCAGGAUUGAUCCGAGAUGGGACUGGCUUCGUCACCUUCCCGGUUAAGUACCAAUGCGUCGUUUUCAGACCUUUCAAAGGCGAGAUUUUGGAAGCUGUUGUCACAUUGGUCAAUAAGAUGGGAUUCUUCGCCGAAGCUGGCCCUGUUCAGAUCUUUGUGUCCAACCAUUUGAUUCCAGAUGAUAUGGAGUUUCAGGCUGGAGACAUGCCUAACUAUACGACAUCAGAUAGCUCAGUUAAGAUCCAGAAGGAGUGUGAAGUGAGACUAAAGAUUAUUGGAACAAGAGUGGAUGCUACUGAGAUCUUUUGUGUGGGUACCAUCAAAGACGAUUUUUUGGGAGUCAUAAACGAUCCAGCUGCAGCCGCAUAG